AGAUUGGUCCUUCUCUCUCUCUCUCUCUUCUCCUUCCUCUGUUUUUUCUCUCUCUUCCGGCGGCCUCCUCCGUUCUAAACUAUUUUUUCAGGGAGAGAAAAUCAGAGGAGGGGAAUUGAAUUCACCGUGAUUCAGAUCGGAUCAAGUCAAGAUGCAGACUUCCAGCUCCCCUGAUCUGAGUCCACAACAGCAACCGUCGCAACAGCAGCAAAACCAGCCUCCCCAUCAUCCUCAGCAGCCUUUACAGCGGCAUCCGCAGCCGUGGGUGGCGCAGCAGUGGGUGGGGGCUAUGCAGUAUCCCGCGGCGGCUAUGGUGAUGAUGCAGCAACAGAUGAUGAUGUACCCGCAUCAUUACAUGGCUUACAAUCAGCACUACCAGUAUCAGCAGUAUCAACAGAAGCAGCAACAGCAACAGCAGUUCUCGCAGAAGCAGCAGGGAUCUACAGACGAGGUUAAAACGAUCUGGGUCGGUGACCUUCUUCAUUGGAUGGACGAGGCUUAUCUUCACAGCUGUUUCUCUCACACUGGCGAGGUCUCUUCUGUUAAAGUUAUACGCAACAAGCAAACUGGUCAAUCUGAAGGAUAUGGAUUUGUUGAGUUUUAUUCACGUGCAGCAGCUGAAAAAGUUCUGCAAAGUUAUAGUGGAUCUCUAAUGCCAAAUAUAGAACAGCCUUUUCGUCUGAAUUGGGCUUCAUGUAGUGCUAAUGAUAGGCGGUCAGAUACUGGUUCUGAUCUUUCUAUAUUUGUAGGAGAUUUGGCUGCAGAUGUAACUGAUACAUUGUUGCAUGAGACAUUUGCUAGUAGAUUCCCAUCUGUUAAAGGAGCCAAAGUUGUCAUUGAUGCAAAUACUGGUCGAUCAAAAGGAUAUGGUUUUGUUAGGUUUGGUGAUGAAAAUGAAAGGUCAAGGGCCAUUACUGAAAUGAAUGGUGAAUAUUGUUCAAGUAGAGCAAUGCGAAUAGGUGUUGCAACGCCUAAAAAAGCAUCUGGAUAUCAGCAACAGUAUUCUUCACAAGCGUUGGUAUUAGCUGGUGGACAUGCAUCAAAUGGUGCUGCAGUUCAUGGUUCUCAGUCUGACAGCGAGUCAAAUAAUGCUACUAUUUUUGUUGGAGGACUUGACCCUGAUGUUAGUGAUGAAGAUCUCAGACAGCCUUUUUCUCAGUUUGGUGAGAUUGUCUCUGUGAAAAUACCAGCUGGGAAGGGAUGUGGGUUUGUACAAUUUGCUGACAGGAAGAAUGCUGAGGAUGCAAUGACGAGUUUGAAUGGGACAACCAUAGGCAAGCAGACAGUCCGUCUUUCUUGGGGUCGCAGUCCAGCACACAAGCAGUGGAGAGGAGAGCAUAAUAACCACUGGAAUGGUGCAUAUUAUCGAGGCCAGGGUUACACUGGGUAUGGCUACGCUAUACAACCAAAUCAGGACCCAAACAUGUAUGCUGCUGCUGCUGUUCCCGGCGCUUCUUAAAGUGGGGACCAAAUAGGACUGAUUGCCUGCUGUAAUCUGAAGCAGGGAGACUGAAUUUCUAAUGUAUUCAUCAAAUAUGUGUGUGUGAUACCAUCUGUUGUGGCAGCUGUUUAGCUGAAUCUGUUGAUUGGAGAAUUUUGUAGUUGAAUUUAAAUUAAAACCUGGAAAUUUGAGGAUUGUAUUAACACAUUAUUCACCCUUGUGCUAUGUGCUUGAGAGCUAUUUCUACAUUUAUCAGUAAUCUUUAUU